GCCACGUAGUCGCUGCUGCACAGCUGACAGUUCGGGAGUGUUAAAAAAAGUUGUUUAGUUUUUUUGUGGUUUAUUAACUAUUAAGUUAGAUCAUUAAAUAUUAAACCGCUCAAUAUCUGGAGAUGAUUCCAGAAUUGUGGACAUACGUUUUCUCUGCAUUCUUCUUUUAUGUGCAUGGAGCAAAACUUCCAGAGCCUGAGGUGAAAAUAGAGGUCUUAUACAAACCUUUCCUUUGUCAUCGUAAAUCCAAAUACGGGGAUAUGCUUCUGGUUCACUACGAGGGAUUUCUGGAGAGUAAUGGGACGAUGUUUCAUUCCAGCCGUCAUCAUGGAGACAAAAAUCCUGUCUGGUUCACACUGGGCAUCCGUGAGGUGAUCCAGGGUUGGGACAAGGGUCUUCAAGGCAUGUGUUCUGGGGAAAAGAGGAAACUAACUGUCCCUCCAGCUCUUGCAUAUGGCAAAGAGGGCAAAGGUAAAAUUCCUCCAGAGAGCACUUUGAUCUUCGAAAUUGAGAUCAUGGAUAUCCGAAAUGGGCCUAGGUCACAUGAAUCUUUUCAGGAAAUGGACCUCAAUGAUGACUGGAAACUUUCCAGAUUAGAGGUGAAAGAAUACCUGCGUAAGGAGUUUGAAAGACACGGAUACCCUCCCAACGACACCCACCAUGAAGCAAUGGUUGAUGACAUCUUCCAGAAAGAGGAUGAAGAUAAGGAUGGCUAUAUAUCAGCUCGGGAAUUCACUUAUAAGCAUGAUGAACUUUAAAGAGCUGUACAAUCCUCGGCAAUGUUUACCUUCAAAGAUUUGUCAAUAUUUACCUUCAGAGAUUUACACCUUGUCCGUGUCCUUUAACAUAAUGCAGUAUUGCAAGAGACCGUUACAGUAGAUUGUAUCUACAGAUCAUGUCUUUAAUUUAUUCAAGGGUUUUCUCAGGUGGUACAUAUUGUAUGUUUAGGCUGUUAGUAUUUGUAGGAAAUAGGGAUCUUCAAUUGCAGUGAAUUACAUUUUGUUGCUUAAGGGCAAUGUUUUGCUCCCAAAGUGCCUUUUGACUGAUAUGUUGAAACAUUUCUGUAUUUUUUAAAAGUUUUGUUACUGUUUGUGUGUUACGUAUUUCAGAGCCAAAUGAACUAUGUAGUAAUGUUUACAAUAUUUUAGGUCAAUUUGUCUUUACAUGUUUUCUGGUGAAUAAAUGAGACAAUUGUGUUAUAUAUAUCAGCAUUACUAGAGGGCGCUCUUCUCUUAGUUUAUUCCCUGUCGAGGAUAGUUUGGUAUCAUAGAGAAUAUGAAUCUUAUGUACUUGAAUGUUUUAAAGAAAAACACACAUUUCUACAAGGAAAUAUAAGUCAAUACUAUACUAGCCCUCCUAUUACAAACUACAUGUGAGAAUAAUUAAAAAGCUAUUUUAAAAUUUGGCAAUGACAUAGAAACAUGAGGCAUUUGGUUAAAAUGCAGUCAAGUGACUUUUCAGUCACAUCACACACCUAAAUAAUGACAAACAUAGUCUUUUAUGGUAUUAUGGUGUGGCAUGUUGUAUUAUAAUUUGCAUACCACAGCAACUGCUCAUCCACAUUUAACAACAUUCCAUUCUUAUACUAUGUCAUUACACAGUAACAUAAACUGUUGCAAUUCCAUUUCUAUUCUCAAUGAAAUGAAGUACGAAUAAUAAAUGUAAAAAAACAAAACAAUCAGCUUACAUGAUCAAAAAGAUCAUGUCAGAUAUUACAUUGACUUCAUGUGAAAAAUAUACACUAGAACACUAAAGGAGGACUACAGUAUAAACAUUUUUAGGGUUAACCAGUGUUUUGGGGUCUCCCCUAUGACUGCUGCUAUUGUAAUUACUGGAAAAUUAUUGUCAAAUGUAGAGCACUGUCAAUUAAUAUAUUAUCAAUACUGGCAAAUUCUGUAUCAUGUUAGCCUUUACAUAAAAACAUGCUCACUA